AUGUUUAGGACGACGUCGAAAAGCGUACGGGUCAAGGGAAUACCUCUGGAUUCAAAUCAGGAAGAGUUUAUGGAGGAAGCAGAGUAUUGUUCACGCGACCUGCGCCGGCCAUGGCCUCAACCAGUCAAUCUUGGUAGUUCUAAAAUAUCUCUUGCGAUUGAACGAGAGGAUCAAGUGGGGACAAUCACCUUACCUUCGCCGAAGCACAAAGAGGAAGCUUUAAAGUACCACAACACAGAAUGGGAAUAUGAUGACAAUUUCAAUGGCAUUACAACUCUGUAUUCAUCGGACGACCCAGAGGUGGAUGCAUGCGCUGUCCAUGGUCUGAACGGAAAUGCAUUUGAGAGUUGGGUAGCCACCAAAAACCAAAAGAUGUGGCUACGCGAUAUACUGCCACUGUCGAAACCUUUUGACAAAGCUCGCAUCAUGACAUUUGGAUACAGCUCUCGUUUACGCGAUAGAGGUAAUCUUUCUGGAAUCACUGUCUGGUCACAAGAUCUCCUUCGAAGCGUCAGCAGCCUUAGAAAACCCAAGAAAGAACGAGAGCGUCCUAUUUUGUUUGUGUGUCAUUCGAUGGGAGGUCUUGUUGCUCGUCAGGCAAUGAUAGAGUUAGACAAAUACGGAAGCCAAUCGGAAUAUAAUGGAAUCAGUCCUGCAAAAUGUGCCCUACUGUUCUUGAGCACCCCUCGUUCUGGCUCACUCGAAGCUGACUGGAGUGACUUCUUGACUGACAUCGCUCAACUAACUAUGGGUGUACGAAAAGAAAUCGUGAAGACACUUGGGAGUUUCGACCCCAUGUCAACUGAGAGUCAGAGAGAAUUCAUGAACAUGAACAUCAUACCCCCAUUUGACGCGUUUUUCGAGACUCGGGUGACUUCUGUUGCCAGGAUUAUUCACCGACAGAUUGUUAUACAGCAGUCUGCCAGCUUGUCAAACUGUACAGCGAAGGGAAUGCCAGAUGUUGAUCACAACACAAUAUGCAAAUUUGAGUCAAAAUUUGGAGGAUUUGAACAAGUGGCGGAUAAGCUGAGGCACCUAAAAAACAUUUUGGAUGGAAAGUCUGAUGUCCUUGCAGUUAAAAUCGAUAAACCGUGGGAUUCCCCACCCGUUGCAUCUAACUCAUUUCUACCCGCCGGUAAAAAGUUUUUCGAAGGUAAAGGCUUGAGGAAAAUCCCAAAAACGCAAGGUCGGAAUGAUUACUCAUCUCUUGUAAUGGCAGGCAUAGGGGGCAUCGGGAAGACGACAGCUGUACUAGAAAUCGCUCGUAAAAAUAAAGACCAACGAAAUAUAUUUUUCGUGCACGCCACCGAUGGAGAUUCAUUGAGAAAGGCAUAUCUUGAUCUUGCAAUGCAAAUAGGCCACGAACAUUUGCUUAAAGACUACCAAGGCCGAGAUCUUUAUAACAUUUGGAGGAACAACACUUCCGAUGAAAAGAUUGAAAGAUUCAAAAAAUGGUUGGGUGACGAAGAUAAUCAAAGUGCCCUGCUCAUCCUUGAUGAUAUUGACGGGAUGAAAGAAUUUGGUCGAAAUCCUUUCGCUGACGUCCCUGACCAAGCAAAGAACAUCUUGUUGACAACAAGGAAUCCUAACAUCCGUUUAAGAGAUGACUGCAAGAUUAUCAAGUUAAACAACAUGGAGGUUGAUGAUAUUGUGACUAUCUUGGAAAAGGUCCGAUCAUUGGAAGAUGAAGACACAGAAGACUCUCUCGACGUAAAUGAUUCUGAUGUCUUACUCUCUAUUGCUAAAUCAGUCCAUGGGCAUCCACUUGCUGCCUGUAUAGCCAUGAAAUAUAUCAUUCAGGUUCAGUCUCUUGACGAUUACACGUUCGCUGGCCGGGAUUUUGUUUCCAUGCUUUCUGGUUCAGACCAUAAGGCACGAAUGACAUUUCUACAAUACAAACCACAAAUGCCCUCUAUUAUGGAAACAUUUAUGGUAUCUAAGGAGCGUCUAUCCCAUCCUCAGGGCCCCGCUUGGUCAUUGAUGGAAGUUCUCAGUCUUCUUGAGACAGACAAAUCCAUUGUUGAUUUCAAGAAAUUCUUCGCAUUGUCGAACAUUGAGAAUACAGAAGCAUUUCCAGACUUCGAUAUUCUCGGUUUGCGAAAAGAGGGUAUAAUGCCUUUAUUGCAUCAGAUUGAAGAAGUUUCUUUUAUGGAAAGAACCAGGCGUUCGAAGCCUCUUCGUAUCCAUCCUCUCUGGGCCGAAUGCACUCGCCAAUUGAUGGGAAUAAAUCGUAUGUUGAGUUUGAUAAGACAAAUUUUGACAAUCUGUUAUUACUCAACAACUACAGUUUCUAGCAAUAGUGAUGGAGGAGAACGUAUGAGCUGCCACUACUACCCCCACGUCAAGCAUUGUAUGAAGAUUUGCAGGAGUUUUGGCAUUGGUGUAUCGAGCUUGAAAAUGCAGAAGGAGAUUGAUAUGCUAGUUCAUAGCUUGACGACUUGA